AUGGAUAUCUGGAGACUCGUAGCAGUAGUAUGGCUUUUCAAACCGCAUGUCGAAGGUCGGAUUGGGAUUGGUAGGUUUUUAACAAGCUUCGUGGACAAUGAGAGGAAACCUACGAUGGUGGUGUUUCAUGGGAUUUGUUGGAAUGAUCCCGUCAAACUCCAUGUGAUGAAAGAGCUGUCCAAAGCUGGUAUUCGGGGCUCUGACUCCAUGUCAAAGAGAACUUCCUUCAUAGACCACACCGUGUUGUUGCUCGCCGACCUGAACUGCCCGGGAACUGACGAGUUGAUUAUGAAUGCAACUGAACGGGAACUGCACCGGCUGCCGUACCGCUGGCUGGUGUUAUCGGACGCGCCCCCACUGCUGCAAGCCUCGCUCUGGGACCUGUUUCUGGUAGACAGCGAGCUGGUGCUCGCUACUGUUGACGGGGCAGGCUACACAAUGACUGAGGUCUACAAGCCAUCUCCUACCAGCCCUGCCAUCCUGACACCCCGUGGCACGUUCCAACAAGUCCUGAGAGACACCCGGCCCCAUCGGGAACUCUUCCGCCGUCGUCGGGACCUCAUGGGCGCUCCGUUGACCAUAACGAAUACUAUUCAGGAAAGCAACUCAUCGAUAUAUCAUUUGCUGCAAGAGGACUCGCUGGAACUAGAGCAUGAUCUCAUCAGCAAGAACUCGUAUACCCUCGCAAAAGUGGCGUUCCUCACGCUGAACGCAACCCCCGUGGCCACGUUCACAAACAGCUUCGGCUACUUGCAAAACGGACAGUGGACCGGGCUCAUCAGAGAGUUGUUCGAAUAUAACGCUGACAUUGGGACAAAUGUCGGAAUGAGUCAAUCUCGUCUCAAACAAGUGAUGUUCCUUGAUCCUCUGGACAACGGCCGAGCCCGCUUCGUCUUCCGCCAGCCCGCGCUCUCUCUCACCGCUAACAUCUUCUCUCUCCCUUUCUCCCCUGGCGUGUGGAUGGCUACUGGUAUAUCUUCAUUCGUCGCUGGUGUGGCGUACUAUUUGAGCACGAGGCUGGUAAAGACGAGAGCCGAGCAGGGGACGGUGAGGGACGCGUAUCUGCUGACUAUGAGUGCGCUCAGUCAGCAGGGAUGUGAAGUUCAGCCGAGACAUGUGUCAGCUCGCAUCGUCCUGUGGGUGGUCUUCACAUCAAUGAUGGCGCUGUUCGCGGCGUACGGCGCCAACAUCGUGGUGUUACUGCAGGCCCCCUCGACUUCAGUCAACAGCCUCGCGACCCUCGCCAAGUCUAAGCUGGCGCUGGGCGCUGCCGAUGUCAACUAUAACCACUUCCUUUUUAGAGCUUCUUCGGACCCGGUACGCAACGAUAUAGCAAAGAGAGUUAACUCAGAUAAAGGACCCAAAGCAUUCUACGGAUUGACUGAAGGCGUCGAAAAAAUUCGAAAGGGUCUAUUCGCCUUCCACAGUGUAGUAGAGCCUGUGUAUCGUCAGAUCGACAGGACCUUCCAAGAGAAAGAGAAAUGCGACCUGAUGGAACUUGACUACAUUGGAUACGCUGCUUUCCACGUGCCUGGCAGCAAGAAAUCACCGUAUCUAGAGCUGCUGAGAGUCACUUUCAAACGAUUGCGAGAGGUGGGCAUCAAAUCCGCAGUCAAUUUCCGCUAUGAAGCGCGCAGGCCAUCAUGCAAGGAAUCGGUCGCCAUGUUUAGCAGCGUGGGCAUAACGGAGAUGCGUCCCGUGUUGAUAUUCAUGGCGUACGGCGUAGCGCUGAGCGUAGCCGUCACCGCGGCAGAGCUGCUCGUGUUCCAUGCGUAA